AAGGGGCGGGGCUAAGGCGGGGCAACAUGGCCGCCCCCAGCGCGCUGCGUCCCAGAGCUUGUGGGUGGUGCGCGGCCCAGUAGCUCCGCCGCCGCGGACGCGCCCUCUGCCGUCACCCGUGAGCCUGGGCUGGACCCUGGCAGCUCUGUGAGGCGGCGGUCGGAGAGGGAGCCAUGGGGACGGUGCACGCCCGGAGUUUGGAGCCCCUUCCAGCCAGCGGGCCUGAUUUUGGAGGGUUAGGAGAAGAAGCUGAAUUUGUUGAAGUUGAACCUGAAGCUAAACAGGAAGUUCUUGAAAACAAAGAUGUGGUGGUGCAGCACGUUCACUUCGACGGGCUUGGGAGGACCAAGGAUGACAUCAUCAUGUAUGAAAUCGGAGACGUGUUCAAGGCGAAAAACCUCAUUGAGGUGAUGCGCAAGUCUCACGAAGCCCGUGAGAAACUGCUCCGCCUGGGAAUAUUCAGACAAGUGGACGUCUUGAUCGAUACGUGUCAAGGUGACGACGCACUUCCCAACGGCUUAGACGUGACCUUUGAAGUGACCGAGCUGCGGCGGCUGACGGGCAGCUACAACACCAUGGUCGGGAACAACGAGGGCAGCAUGGUACUUGGCCUCAAGCUCCCCAACCUGCUGGGCCGGGCAGAGAAGGUGACCUUCCAGUUCUCCUACGGCACAAAGGAGACUUCCUACGGCCUGUCCUUCUUCAGGCCGCAGCCCGGGCACUUCGAGAGAAACUUCUCCGUGAACUUGUAUAAAGUGACGGGGCAGUUCCCGUGGAGCUCCCUGCGGGAGACAGACAGAGGCGUGUCAGCCGAGUACAGUUUCCCCAUCUGGAAGACCAGCCACACCGUCAAGUGGGAGGGCGUGUGGCGCGAGCUGGGCUGCCUCGCCAGGACUGCGUCUUUCGCCGUCCGGCAGGAGAGCGGCCACUCCCUGAAGUCCUCUCUCUCGCACGCCAUGGUCAUCGACUCCCGGAACUCCUCCAUCUUGCCCCGGAGGGGGGCUUUGCUGAAGGUGAACCAGGAGCUGGCCGGCUACACCGGAGGGGACGUGCACUUCAUAAAAGAAGACUUUGAGCUUCAGUUGAAUAAGCCACUUGUGUUUGACUCCGUCGUCUCGGCCUCUCUCUGGGGCGGGAUGCUGGUCCCCAUCGGAGACAAACCGUCCAGUAUCGCCGACAGGUUUUACCUCGGGGGACCCACCAGCGUGCGCGGCUUCAGCAUGCACAGCGUCGGGCCGCAGAGUGAAGGAGACUACCUGGGCGGAGAGGCGUACUGGGCCGGCGGCCUGCACCUGUACACCCCCUUACCCUUCCGGCCCGGCCAGGGCGGCUUCGGCGAGCUCUUCAGAACACACUUCUUCCUCAACGCAGGCAACCUCUGCAACCUCAACUACGGGGAGGGCCCCAACGCUCACCUUCGCAAGCUGGCCGAGUGCAUCCGCUGGUCCUACGGCGCGGGCAUCGUGCUGCGGCUGGGCAACAUCGCCCGGCUGGAGCUCAACUACUGCGUGCCCAUGGGCGUGCAGGCAGGGGACAGGAUCUGUGAUGGCGUCCAGUUUGGAGCUGGGAUCAGGUUCCUGUAGCCGCGAGCAUCCUCCAGCCCCUCCCCGGAAACACGUUGGAGCGAUUCUCUGGCCGCAGCCCUCGUGGGGAUCCCUGUCAAUAAACGUUCAAGACAAACACUCA